AUGUGCAGCCUAGACUCACUGGCAAAGCUGCGCACGCUGGCAGCUCAGGAGGGGACGAUCGACCGUCUAUGGGGCAGGAACUGUUUCACCCGAGCCAUGGACACUCUGGGGGUGUCACACUGCCGAGCCAUGACGCCAGAGACUGCGUCCAGGCUGGCACUGGCCCUGGCAAACUGCCACCUGGCCAUGCUGGGCCAGCGGCAGCACAGCUGCUCCCAGAAGAGCUCCCUGCAGGAGUGCACCAAUGCCUUCCCUGAUGACCGCUCCUUCGAGGCCUACAUGGCUCAGCUCAGCCACAUUGACAGCAUAUGUUUGUACCACAUGCACGACACUUUCGGCAUGCGGACGGAAGAGCUGAUGCACCAAUUGUUUGGCGCUUCCUCAGAGGCCCUCGAAAGAUCAGCAGCAAUCGGAUCAGCGCUGUCUGGUGUCAAUGAGCGGCUCGGAAGCAUGGGGGAUGUGCUGUCGAACGUGCACCAGCAACAGGAGCAGCUUGGAAUAAUUGGGAAGGCUACGCUGGCACAGUCACAGAUGAUCAAUGGGCAGGAUCUACUUCUCGAGAGGUCCAGCAACACCUUGAAGUCCAUCGCCGAGCUUGACGCCAAAGAGUUGCAGCGCCACAGACAAAAUAGCCUCCUCUGGCAGGAGGCCAAGACGGAUGCGCUGGCUUUCCAGCGCACCCUCGAAGCCAUGAAAGUGAGGGAGCAGCAGUCCAGUCAGCAGUUGUCAGAUCACCUCAGUGAUCUGGCUUUGAGAUCUGAAGGGCUGCUGCAGCGUGUGAACACUGUGGUGGACCUGCAGCACAAGGCCAGUCGAGUCAUGGUGCAUCUCCUGGGCGCCCAAUACACCCUAGGUGAUGUGGUGUACUAUGGAGGCGGCUUAAGCAUGGCACUGCUGAUGGGCAUGCAGCCAAUGACAAGGGCUGCACGGCUGCCUCUAGUGGGGGUCCUGCUUGCGAACUGGGGUGCUGAGCACUGGCUGAUGCAAUUGCUGCGGCCCCAUCUGGAGGCUGAUGCAGCGGGCGUGGUCUAUGCUGUCUUGCCCAAGCCUAGAUUCCUCAGCAGCGCCAUCACCUUGCUGCAUUACUAUGGAGGACGUGCAUCUCCAGGUAGUGAGCUUCAGGCAGGCAUUGGAGCACACAGCGUUGAUAGUCAGCCUCAGACUGGCAUGCUCAGAUUCAGCGUGAAGAGUUUGGUGCGUAAGGCGUGCAUGGGCCUGGCCCUGGUUGCCGUGGUGCGGGUGGCGCUGCUGCACAGCCGGGCUGUCAGGCUUCAGAUGCUGAAAGAGGCUCAGCAUGACAGGGAAGUGUGUGAGAUACUGCAGAGGAUGCAGCGGGCAGAGAGGCAUGAGCGGCUGAUGAGGGCCAAGCUGAACAAGGUUCUGGCUGAGCUAAGGGGAGGGCAGCUGCAGAAACGCCCUUUGCAGAAGGGUGCAUGCUGGGCCCAGCACAAGGUGCUGAUUCACCUGCCUUGGGCGACAACGCAGCAGCAGCAGCAGCAGCAGCAGCAGCAGCAGCAGCAGCAGCGGCAGCCGAUGAUAGUGUGGGAAGAUCGCUACGGAGACGGGAUGGUGCAGAGGAACCUACAAGGGGAGGAGAUGCAUCAGAGGGGGGCCAUGACAGCCACCGGGCAGCAUCAGUGCGGCGACGGGUGCACAUUUUCCCAGCAGCCGGUGUCUGUGAGGGCAGCGCUUUGGGUGGAGGUUCAGAGCCUCCUUGUAGCGCUGUGUCCCCACCAGGCGCUGGCAGAAAAGAAGCACAGAAGAGAGGCAGGGACGAUGCUACCUCCAGCAAGAACUCAGCAGUGGCUUUUCACUGCCUAUGAGCGCACAAAACGCAUCGAGGAUUGGCCGAAAAUAUCGCUGGUGGGCAGCACCAAAAGCGAAGAGGAGAUCGAUUACAAGACCGUCUGCGAAGAACAGCUCAUUGUGAUUCCCUAUGGCCUGGGCUACUUUACCAAAGAUGCCGUGGCAGAGCUCAACAAAGGCAUACUGAAGGCUGGGUCAUUAUGUACCCUUCAGGAGCUGGUACCAAAGGACUUGAUAGAAACUGUGGCUCCACUGGGCAUAGCGCUGGCGGCUGAGCGCAAGAAGGGCGACCAGUCUGAGUUCUGGCCCCACCUGCGCCUGCUGCCUGCAGAGCCUGAAUCGCCCUGGUACAAGGACUAUGAUGAGCAGUCUGCCAUCUGUGGAAAGCUCGGGUGGCCGCGCAUGCGCAAGAAGGAGCUGCUGAAGAAAAUGAGGAAGACCAGGCGCACAAUGUCAAACCUUGUAGACCUGUUCUUCAAGCUCACCAAUAUUGGCACACACCUGGGCCUGACUCAAGAAGAAGCCCUCUGGGGCGUUUCCACUGUUGAGGUGAGGAAGUACAGCUCGGGCAUGCAGUGCAAUCUCAAGCCUGCCAUUGACUUCCUGAACCACCACCACGAGGCGGGCGGAGUCCUGAGGCUUGCCCCAACUACCAAAUAUGACUUUGAAGAUCGCAGCCUGCUCCAGAUGGUGUUGUCAAGCGUGAACACAAAGCCCAAGCCGAUCGCAGCAGGGACUCCCGUUCGGAACCUUUACAUUGACGGGAUGGCAGCACAGAGCAUCUCAGAGCAGCACUUCAAUUUCACUCUGGAAGAGAAGACCGCUUUCAGCAAGAAAUGCUGGGAUUUGUUCAAAAAGGAUCCUGAACAUCCGUACCUUGUGAAAUUCUGGCGCCCAAACAUCGACUCCUACAGGAAAGCGGAAGCGGAGGGAACUUUGUCAGAGGAAGUGCGAGUGCGCGUUGAGCCGCUGAAAUGUGUCCACCCAGACUGCCCCAAGCAUGCAGGCUACGGCAGGAAGCAGCUGUACUGCAGAGGCUGCUACGAGCCCUACUGCAGCAGUGCAUGCCAGAAGGGGCACUGGCGGGAGCACAAGGGCUGGGUGGCAUCAGGGGAGGGGAUUGGCUACAGGACUGUCUGCGAGGAGCCCCUCUUUGUCAUCCCCCAUGGCCUGGGAUACUUCAACAAAGAUGCUCUGACGGAGUUGAACAAACUUCUGCGCCAGACCGGGGCACUGCAGGAUGUUCAGGAGCUGGUACCCGAAGAUCUUCUCUUGGAUAUUGGGCUGCCGCUGGGUAUAGCACUGGCUGCUGAGCGCAAGAAGGGCGACCAGUCUGAGUUCUGGUCCCACCUGCGUCUGCUGCCUGCAGAGCCACAGGCGCCCUGGUAUAAGACCCCAGAAGAGCAGUCAGCCAUCUGUGACAAGCUGGGGACACUGCGGCAGAGCUCACCAGAGUUCUGA